AUGAACAGCUUCGGCGGUUCCCGAAAUUAUCAAUUGCUUGUCCUGCUGGCUCAACGAAUCAGUUCUUUGGUUAUCUAUUUGAUAAACCAUGUGCGGCAGGAAAGCUUACCAGUCCAGGAAUCCUUUCGGCAAGCUCUUUUGCCUAUGCAUCGGGUGCUGACGGAGUUCUUGUUUCAACACACGCACACUUUUGACCAUAGUUUCCAACUCCGAGAUCCUGGCCAAUCGUUUCAAAGCUUACCUUCUAUGCCGCAUUGCCAUUUCCAUGUACCAUCUCAACACCUAACGACCACAACCCAUUUUCCUCCAUUUCGGCAAAGUAUCACCCCACCAGAAGAUAUCACACCACCCCGCGAUACUCCACCAGCCUCCAUGCUCGGGUUUACUUCGACACCAAUCCGGUCACCAAUAAGUCGUCCCCGGCCGGAACCAUUUGCCCUCAUCAAUCAGCUGCUGAUGGCGAUGCGCACAUCCGAUAACUGUAAUUUGUCAAGCAUCACUGAACAGUACGGCAAAGAUCCUGUCUAUCGCGACCGAAUACUUCAGGAGCUAGAUGAGCUGCGAUCGUUAAUUAUGGCUCAAACGGAAUCCACGAGCAGUGCAGCGGGACAAGCGUUGCGGGCACUUCUGGAUCGGGUUGAGCAGGCGGAAACUACACUCUCGUUGCUCAUCCAUAAUUUAGAACGUUUGCAACAUGAUUGA